GUGUUAGUGGAGAAGGACAGACGAGAGGGAAAGGCCGCUGGGUGGGCAUCCAUCACCUCCCGUGUGGUCUCCACCUCCUGGGCCUGGGGAUGGUUCGGGGCCCUUGGGCUGCCAGACCUGAGGGGUGCCUUGUGUUUCCUUCCUAGGCCCCUGGGGCCCUGCCCCACAGCAUCAUGAUGGGAAAACUCCCCCUGGGGGUGGUCUCCCCUUAUGUGAAGAUGAGUUCGGGGGGCUGCACGGACCCCCUGAAAUUCUACGCCACCAGCUACUGCACAGCCUAUGGUCGGGAGGAUUUCAAGCCCUGCAUGGGCACUCACAAAGGCACAGGCUACAGAUCAAAUUACCGGCCCAUGGUCUCAUACCAAGCCAAUCUCGAUGCCCUGGACAACCCGGCCACGGGGGAACAAGUCGACAAUAAGUUCCAGACAGAGACCAGUCAGAACUACCAUCCCCUGGAGGUGCCUGAUGGCAAAUACCCUCUGCCCUGGAACCUGCACCAGACCAACUCUGGCUACUCUCGGGAGAAGCCCAGUGCGGCCACCCCUACCAAGGAGGUCAGGAAGGUCCAUUUUGACACCCAGGACUAUGGGCCCCAAGCCAUCACCGGGGCGGAGCCCAAGGACGUGCCCCUGCUCCACCAGCAGCAGAACAAGGGCUCACUGGAGUGGGAAAACUCCCGACACGGCCCGCGCUUCAUGACUUCCGAGUAUAAUUCCAAGUAUCUCAAGGAGCCGUCAAAUCAACCAGAUCUCUUGCAGAAGAAAUCAGUCGGCGCCAAGGAGGAGACUGGCUUCACUGGAGAGUCCACCAAGAAUCCCAUCAUCUUUCAGCCGAACUCCCAGGCCCUUCCUGGGGACCCAGUCCUCCUGCCCAGCCGGAGUGUCACCAGGUCGGACUUUCUCCCCAUAACCCACCCUCAUGGGGAUGAGUUCCUGCCUGUGCUGGCCAGAGGCUCCGAGCGGGAGACGGGCUUCAGCCGAGUGAAUGAGAGGAUCCUGAACCCCAGAGUGCCCACUCCUGGCCCAGAACCCUGCAGCAUGAGCCACUGGCAAUUCCAGCCCCCUCAGCGGGUGCAACAGACAAAUGUUGCCCUGCUUGGCCGGGAGACCGUGGGGAAAAAGGAGCCCACAGGCUUCAGCCUUAACAACCCGAGCUAUGUCCGGAGCCCUUACGACCCUGACCUGGAUAAUCGCUACCUGACCACCUACAAUCAAGGAUACUUCGAGAACAUCCCCAAGGGUCUCGACCGGGAAGGCUGGACUCGAGGUGGCAUCCAGCCCCAGAAGCCCGGAGGCUAUGCCCUCAACCAGCCGGUCACCCGCACGGAGGCCGCCCCCAGCCCUGCAGAGAGCCUGCGGCGCCUGCACCCCCACGUGGGCAGAACCCUGAUCUCGGCUGACCCCUUCUACCGAGCCGCGCCUCACAGCAGCCACGGCAGCCGCUUCACUGCGCCCAACUGA